UGGAAACACUCCUUUUGAGGCAAAGCUUACUGUAAUUUAACUAUACAACCCAGUGGCAGACUCUUGAUUUUUGCACCUUAAAGGGCGCGCAGCCACAGAUGGAGCUGGCACGUUUACGAACUGCUUUGGGCGAAGGACAAGGACAGCACGUGGACCUGGAGAUCGACAAGCUCCGCGCGCUGCUCGGGGUGGUGGAGGCGGACGUGCGGCUCCUGCGACAGGUGAAAGAUGAGGAGGGUGGAUUGCAGGAGUGCACGGAUGGAGAGUUCAUUCUUCGUAGCCCUCAGCAACGAAAGAAGCUGCUCUCCCAAGCCGUUCAGACAGCAGCAUCGCUGCAGGUGCUGAGGACGGUGAGACCAAGCGCAGCGAGCCCGCCGGUGGGCCAACCACCCGAAGCUGUACCACAAGGGCUGCUGCGUGCGGUGAAGAGCGCCUUGGAGCUGCGGAAGUCUCCAGUGCUGCGACCCAUCCCCAGAGGUGGAAGUGCUUCCAGUCCGCAGCUGCCAGGACUUCCCAUGGCCGACCCAAGCGCAAGUGGCGUAGGUGGAGCCCAGCGCGCGGUGGCCAUUAUGCCCCUGCAAGGUGCCACCAAGUUGAGAACGAGUUCAUCAACACCCAAGCUUCAAGGCAUUGGCGAACCUGAAGCUUGGAGUGGUGGGCGACCAAAGACAUCAGGAGUGCUUGGGUUUGCAAACCCGGCUGCAAGCAGCACAAGUACUUCACCCGCAAACAGCCAAGGCGCGACGGCCACCGGCGAAGCACGAAGUCGUCCACCUACAUCAGGGCUGCUGGCCCCUGUGACCCGAGCCUUAAGCACUCCCAGCACUUCGUCUACACGAAGCCAAGGCAUGCCGUGCCUGCCAGCAUCAGGAAUGCUGGGCGCAAAUCAAGCUGACAGCAGCCCAAGCACUUCCCCAGCACAGAGCCAAGGUCGGCGCUCUCGCCCACCACGGCCUUCCACCGACUCGGUGCCGUGUGCGCAUGGGGAGCAUGCGGAGCGUCACUGUGAACGCUGCCGUCAGCCCCUUCCAUCCGUUGCACCGGAGGCGAGUGAAUUGCUGGUUCGCUUGGAAGCGGCUGGGAUCGGGCCAUGGCAGAUUGCAGAGCUAAAAGCAAGCGAAGCCAGGCUGGCCGAGCUCGGAGCAGGAAGACGAGCACCACGUCUGAGCGCCGCGCCGCGCUGGAGCGACGGAGGCUGAGUGAAGGUCAUCAUGCUCAGUCGGUCAUCUGCACCGGUCUGCACCUCUCUCGCCUGCAGCGGAGCGGAGCAGCGACACAAGGAGGAGCUGAUCACCACGAGCAUCCACAACUGAAUCUUUGAGAAGCGCGAGACUUUGGCCGAAGAAGUCAGUGAUAGAUGAGGCAUCGAGCGAGGUCUCCUCCUCAAGCCUUCCAUGGAUCCGCCUCAAGAUCCGCCGCCCAAAACACCACCCAUCGCCCUGGGAUCUGCUCUCAAAGAUCGCCAUCGCCCAUUCAAGCCUCGGUCGCCUUCGCGAUCUCCUGCCCGGCCGCCCGCGCGAUCUCCUGCUCGGCCGCCUUCGUAGACUCCUUCGCAAAAAGUCCGACCACGGUGGGGGGGAGGAGGCUUCAAACAGCUCGACGGCGGAGUCGCACUCGCACCCCACCCAGCCAGCAGGGUUCGCGAUCCAACCCGGCCCUGGACACCAUGUCCGGUUCGCUCUUCGCCUCAGUGGCACCGGACGCCAACGAGCAGAUCAUGUGGGCGGUGCUGAGGGCGCUUAGAAGGUGGAAGGAUCAUCGAAGGAUCCGAUGACUUGGUGCUUAGAUCCACCUUCCUUGGGGUGUUGAGCAGCUCGUGGAAGGAUCUAUCAAAGGACCUGACCAACUUCUUAGGUCCUGCAUGCGUGUGAAAUUGAACUCGCACCAGACAUCCUGGAGAAGAUUCAAUGCCUCCAGCGGCCAAUUGACAUGUAGACCUGCGGUCGCCUGCGGUCUCCCGCCCAGUUCCGGGUUCCGAAGUCUCUUCGACG